UUCCUUCUUCUUCUAGAGCCCUAAUAACUAAAUCACUGGAGUGAAUAUUCCACCCUGAAAUUUUAGGGCUCCUGGGCAGCAGCGAUGCGUGCUCUCCUCCGCGCGUGCUCGUAUGGGCGGCAUUUGGGAUCGUCGCAGGCUCUGGCAUUCCAGGCGCGAUUUCUUGCGGAUCGGGGCCUGAAUAGGAAGGAUUACACGGAUCCGGGGUACCAGGCGUCGGGCUACAUCAAUCCUAGCUGGUACAGUAGCACGCAUGAGGGGCGAUUCAAGAAUCCCUACCCUAGGGCGCCGCUCUACUGCGGGAACACUAUCGACGAAGAGGAGCUGGCCAAGAAGAUGAAGAAGAAGAAGCGCAUUGGCGAUGCGCGCAAGCAGUAUGAGGAAUCCAAGGCCAAAUCGGGUGAGCCAGAGGCGCGGGUCUAUAGAUUUAAUCGCGCAGAGAGCGAUCGACGUAGCAGUGAUAGUGGCGAACCAUGGGAGGUGGAGGACGAUGAUUUGCUUGGGCAGCCGCGAAACAGGGAGUUACCUCCCAAAGUCUCUGUUUUGAGCGAGGAUACUCCAGAGCUAGAAAUUCUCCAGGAGGAGGAGAAGAAGAAGAAGAAGAAGAAGCCACCGAAAAAAAAGAGGCUUUUCAAGGGGAGGAUCGAGACGGACUAUGCGGAUUUCAACUAUAGUAACAGUGGUUUGGAUGAAUACACCAACAAGAUCAAGGAAAAGGAGGACAACAAGAUCAAGGAACUGGAAGAAUUCCUGGCGAUGAAGAAAGCUCGAGAGAAGAAAACCGAAGGUGAUGGAGAUCAUACCAUCUGACCACCAGAAUACGCUUGGCCGAUUCUCCAGUUAGCAGGGACAACGUCGUAUGCCGUCACAGUUUUUCCAGUCGUGAAGGAGGUGACCAUGAAAGAAAGGCUUUGGCCAUGGAGCGAUUUGAAAACCUGGAAUCCAACUCCCCAGCCCUCCAACGUUGCUCACGAAGACAAUGAGCCACCAGCGAUUGCCUUUGAGCUCGAACUUGAUUCCACCUUUCCUUCGACAAGGCACCCUGCCAGACAAGAUUAGUCUUCGAGCUUGGGACAGUCGAUUCACUCCACAGGGCCGCCUACCUUCUGUAGCGAACAGGAACUAUUCCAGCUCUCCAGUAGGCAAUCUUCGAGAAGGCAGGCUUGGACAUGUCAAAGUGGAUUCGCGGGGGAUUACACCAGCCACCAUUGUUGGAUG